UGCAUCCACAGCUCUGUGUGCACAUUUGUUCUACGACAACAAAGACGAACGACAACGUUUGGUGGAGAAAAACACUUUAUUGAAAGUUCCUGUGUUUGAGCCAACGUGACGAGGCUCUGCUGACCGAGCGGUAGACAAAAUGGGACGCAUCUUCCUGGAUCACAUUGGUGGGACUCGCCUCUUCUCUUGUGCCAACUGUGACACCAUCCUGACCAACCGGGCUGAACUCAUCUCCACACGCUUCACCGGAGCCACCGGCCGAGCUUUCCUGUUCAACAAGGUUGUGAAUCUGCAGCACAGCGAGGUGCAGGACAGAGUCAUGCUGACAGGAAGACACAUGGUGCGGGACGUCAGCUGCAAGAACUGCAACAGUAAACUGGGCUGGAUGUACGAGUUCGCCACUGAGGAAAGUCAACGCUACAAGGAGGGCCGAGUCAUCCUGGAGAGGGCGCUCGUGAGAGAGAGCGAAGGCUUCGAGCAUGUUCCCUCCGAUACCUCCUGAGUUCACCUUCGUUACUGCUGCGAUGCUCAAUCCAUGUGUACUACAGCUUUCCCUCCAGCAGCAGCGCAUGGACUUACAUGGACAGUGUUCCAUUUGUGUGUAGAGCUACACCAAAAAAAAAGAUCCCAGGCUGGGCGUUUGUGGGAUGUUAACAACAGUAGCGGUGGACAUUUUCCCAUGGCUUUAAACAUCUGGAGAUUUCCUCUAAGAGGGGAAAUACCGUUGCUUCUCUACCCAUAAAGAUCACCUACAGUUUCAGUAUGUGUCCAGCAGGCUGUAGUGUUGUACAGGUGUGGUGGGAUGUAGGCCCAGAUGAAGAGGUCGUGCUCCUUUGGCCGUACUGGAGGCUUGGACAGAUAGACAGAUUGUUUAGUAGGGGUUUAAGGGGUGAUUCUGAACAGAAGACUGAACCGGUUGAGACUAUUGAUGCUGACGUGAAGUUAAAUCUGCUUUAAGAUUAAGUAAUAAGGUUAGGGCUACAAAAAUCCUUCGGUAGCAGAUGGUCAGUGUGAUGCUUUGCUGGAAAUUGUUUAGUUAUCAAAAGAGUAUUAUAUUACUUUUCAAUGGAGGAGUGAAGAUGAUAAUAGAUAGGCUUCCAUACAGGUUGACUGAUUUUUAAAACAGAAAAAUCCCUGUAAUAUUUAUAUUUUUGUUAAUUUUACUGAACUUGGUUUCAGUUUUGCAAUAUAAACAUUUCACCCAUUUUAUUUUAUCCUGUGAUUUAGGAUGUUUGAUCUCAAGCCAACCAUGUAUGCGAUUGAAUAAAAAACAUUUCAGUCAAUCCUGCUACAAACAUCUGAUUUACUGA